CAAACGAGAAAAAUAAAUUAAAAAAUGCUUUUGAUAUUUUCGUACGCAAUACGUUUUAUUUUUCAGUUUCAGUAGUUUUUGUAUGUAAUCUGUUUUCGAUCAUUUAGUUUCCUACUCAAUAAUUACAAUAUGGAAUUACUUGCAAUUUUCGAUCAUAGUACAUGUAUAUUUUCAAUAUUAGCCUGUAUUUUACUCACAAUUUCAUAUGUUGCCAGUUUAUAUAUUUGGAGGACAAAUUUAAGCAGAGAUCAUCCAUCUACAAUUAAGAGAAGGUUCUUUAGUGUAUCUUGUAUGAUGUUACUUGCACCAUUUUUCAUGAAAUACUUCCUUACCAAGGAAACUCUAAGUAAAGGAGAACUGUUGGAACAUUUGGGCUUAAGAACUUCAGGAUGGAUACAGGCAACACUGUUACCUCUAUUUUUAACUGCUAUUUUAUUUUUGGGACCAUUGACAAUGCAAUUUUUGUCUGGAAUUUGGAAGCUGUACACUAAAUUUUUUUCCACAGAACCACUAUACUGGCUUGCCAGUUGGCAGGAUUUGGUCUGGCUGAGGAAUCAUAUUAUGGCUCCAUUGAGCGAGGAGUGGGUGUUUCGAGCUUGCAUGAUGCCUUUACUCCUCCAAUGUCUCAAGGCUGAAGUGGCAAUAUUUACUGGACCAUUACUUUUUGGAACUGCUCACUUUCAUCACAUGUUUGAACAAAUGAAGUCUGGUUAUGACUUUAAAACAGCUUUGAUGGUUUCAUCAUUCCAAUUCACGUAUACUAGUCUAUUUGGUGCUUACUCUGCAUAUCUCUUUUUAAGGACAGGACACUUUGUUGCUCCACUGGUCGCACACAUUUUCUGCAAUCACAUGGGAUUUCCGAAUUUUGGAGAGAUACCUCAAUUUCAGCCCUUGCAGAGAAUUUUAAUCAUUUGCAAUUUCAUAAUCGGUUUUAUACUUUGGUGUUUGUUGUUGACACCUUUAACAACACCGGGAAUUUAUGACAACAGAUUAUAUUGGGAAACUUGAAUUUAAUGUUUUUUUUUUCUCUGUGACUUGUAUUAUUGUGUUUGUAUUAACUGUUAGUGUUGUGAAACGAAUGACUCACAAUGUCAGGAUAAAAGAAAGUUUCCUCUACCUCAAUAGUGGUAAAUUUGACAACUUUCACCCUGGAUAAAUCUUAGUAUUAUUGGCUACUUGUAGUAAUUGGCUAUGUGAUUUUAAAAUAAUACAGAGAAUAU